GAAUAUGUCAUUUCGAUUUUUUUGAGAGCUAAGAAUGCAUAUCGCCAAUUUAAUAGCAACAUGAUAUCGUUCUAUCUAACCGCACACUAGUUAUGCAUAAUAUUUUAAAGAACAUUCUUGACUUUAAAUUGUCUUUUAUACUGGAUCUAAUUUAUUCGAUUUAUCAUAUUCUAUUUACGACUACAUUUUAAUCAGAUGUAGCUGUGUCUGUCAAUCUUUCAAAGUUGUACACUUAUGCAAAGUCACGUUGAAAAUAUUUCCCUAUCAUAUAUCUAAUAAACUUUCUUUCUUACUGAAUUUUCUCAUUUUUUCUUCUAAUGACUAUUCAGAAUACCAGUCUACGCUCUCAAAACGACUAUUUCACUAUAAUAUAUUUCAUAGCUAUUAUAAAAAUUUUAAUUUUCAUUUGCAGUUCUGCAUCGUCAUCAUCAUCGGCAUUAUCUCGAGCUAAACGUACUUUUGACGACAGUGAUUCAGAUGAAUCCAUCGAUAUUGAACAACCAAAUAAUGAUAAAUUAACUGUUUAUGCUUUAUCUGAUGAAGAUUCGGAUGAUGAUGUCGAAUCACCGUCUAGUCAAAAUUUUUCACUUUCUACUAGUACAUCAACAGUAACAACAAGUAAAACAAGUCCAUCAUCAGCUGUUCGAUCAAUUAUUUCAACUUAUACACGAGAUCAACCAGUUACUACUCCACCACCACCAAAAAAAUCUCGUGUUCGUUUUGAACGUCGUUUUGGAGAAGACAUUACGAGUGGUAAUCUUCUUCAAGAAUUGAAGGAAAAGGCUGAAGCCAAAAAAAAAGUACUCAAAAAUACAACAGCACCACGUUCUUCAAAAAAGUAG